ACGAGAACAUACCUCAUUGCCUUUGUUUCAGGUACCGGAAGACACUAUCGUGAUCAACCCGAAUCAUCAAACUCGGAAAAUCAACAGCAACCAGGAGUUGUGGACAUACAAAUCACUCAAGCUGCUCAACGUCAAUCAACUCUUUUAAGUUCAAAGAGAUAAACCAGUAGAAAUUUUGAAAAGCCACACAGCAAAAGCCAUCCCAGAGAGAGAAAUCAAUGGCUGGUAUUACUGCUACCACUGGUCUCGGCGUAUCCUGUCCGUCGAAAUUGACUGGGAUAAGGUCGUUAUCUUCUCCUCUUUCUUCUACGGCCAGAAUUGAUUCCGGCCCAAAAAACUUCAACCGGGAGUUCAGAGGAAUUAAGCAACAUAAAGUUACAGCUUAUUGUUGUUUAAGAGUACCAGUUUCAUAUGCCACAAUCCCUUCGAGUUCCGGGCAUGAAAUUCUCGAAAUUUCAACUUCAAUUUCACAUUCUGCAACGGAACUUACGGAAAAUUUGGUGCUGAUGGAUUUGGAUCCGGCUACAGCUAAACUGGCAAUUGGGGUUUUGGGGCCAUUUCUGUCUGCAUUUGGGUUUCUGUUCAUACUGAGAAUAGUGAUGUCCUGGUACCCAAAACUUCCGGUUGAAAAAAUCCCAUAUGUGAUUGCAUAUGCACCAACAGAGCCAUUUCUAGUUCAAACUCGGAAGGUGAUUCCUCCCCUCGGUGGUGUUGAUGUUACUCCUGUGGUUUGGUUUGGAUUAAUCAGUUUCCUCAAUGAAAUUCUUGUCGGCCCACAGGGUUUGCUUGUUCUUUUAUCUAAACAGGUUUAGUUGAGUUGUGUUGUGUUGUGUAUACAGAAUUGUGCAAUGAAAUUUGCCUUUUUGUUUCA